AUGAGUGCAUCCAUGGCGACUAUUCAUAUCUUACGUCACGGAGAAGCUCGUCACAAUGUCGUGAAGCCCUAUCCUUACCGAGACCCUUCUUUGACAGGAGAUGGGAUCAGGCAAGCCGAGAAAGUCUUGCUCCCCGCAAAGCCCGAUCUCAUCAUUGUCUCCCCCAUGACUCGCACGAUCCAAACUACCCUAGUUGCGUUCCGACAAUUUUUGGACGAAUCCUCCGCGCCGGCAAAGACGGAGGUCCAGAUUUGGCCAGAACUGCGCGAGGCGCAUGACGCUAUCUGUAAUAAAGGCGUUGGCCGAGCCGAGAUUGCAGCUGCAUUUCCCCAGUUCGACUUCUCUUCGUGUCCUGAGGAAUGGGACUACCCACCGCAUAGCGUAGAGGGUGCUACCUUACGUGCCGAGACAGUUCGCCGUCGCCUUAUGAACCUCUCCGCCUCUUAUGAGAAUAUAUUCCUUGUUACUCACCGAGGCCUCAUCGCAUUUCUAGUCGAGGGGCCAAGGUUUGAUGUUUGCGAGUGUCGUUCAUAUAGGUUUGCUAGUGCCGAUGAGGUUGAGAACCAGAGAUACGGAACUCACGAGCAUACGGGGGAUAAGCUGGAUUUUGGCCCGAGUUUGCUAGUUCCUCUUUCCUCAUGA